CAGUUUUAUAGAUAAACAUUCUAGGUUGUUAUACAAUUGUAUAUCUUAUCAUCUUGUUGUAUAAUUUAUCUCUUAUUAGUUAGGAAUAGUGUUCAGAUUAUCUUGUAUAAAUAGAUGGAAGCUGCAUAACUUUAGUUUGUAUCGCAGAGAAUAUCAGAACAUUUAGUUUCAUCUAUAAAUUUAUUAUGGCAUCAGAGCUAGAGUCUUAAAUCACAUAUUAUCACCUUCCUUUCAACACUGUAACAAUGGUUGAAAUUGAAUCCAACCAAACACCAAAUCAGUCAUCUUCUGAGCAAACCCAGCAAUCUCCUUUAACCCAGCAGACCUCUCAAACUAAUCCUCUGCAAUCAUCAAGUCAUCGAAUUCUUGACCCAUAUCUUAUUCAUCCCUCGGACAACCCCACAACAUGUCUUGUCUCGCCUCAGUUGGAAGGAGACAAUUACGCAACAUGGACUCGUGGCAUGACCAAGGCGCUUAAUGCCAAAGGCAAGCUAGGAUUCGUUGAUGGAAACACUCCUCCACCGGCAUCUGAUUUGCCACUUUUGAACUGUUGGAAGCGAUGCGACGAUCUCGUCAGCAGCUGGAUCAUUCACUCUGUCCAUCCAGAUCUGCGUUCAAGCUUAAUGUAUGCUGAUUCUGCACGAACAAUAUGGAACGAUCUCAAGGUACGAUUCUCUCAAUCCAAUGCUCCGCAGUUGUAUCAUCUAAAAACUGCAAUCAUUAAUCUCAAACAAGCAGAUAUGUCAGUCACAAAUUAUUUCACACGUCUCAAGUCUUUAUGGGAUGAAUAUGACUCCCUUGUAUCAUCUGAACCAUGCAUUUGUGGCGCUAGCAAAUUUCUCAUUGAACGCCAAGAGCGUGAUCGAGCCAUGGAAUUUUUACAAGGACUUCAUGAUCGAUUUUCUAACAUUCGAAGUCAGAUACUACUCAUUGAACCACUCCCAUCAGCUCAGAAAAUUUUCAAUCUUGUUAAACAAGAGGAGGCCCAACAAUUCAUUGCCAUGCCUCCUGCUCUUUCUACAGAAUCUGCAGCACUUCAGGCUAGAGGUAAUCCACCUCAACGCCACUCAUUCAACAAGAGACAGCGCCCGUACUGUGAUCAUUGCAACAAGUAUGGACAUACACGUCAAACAUGCUAUCAGAUUCAUGGUUUUCCGCCCUCCAAGCCUAAAGGAACGGCCCCUAUAUCCACUGUAGCUGCUGUCACAUCAACUGACAAGCAAGAACAGCCAGUUUUGCCAUCACUUUCCGCUGACCAGUACAACCGCCUUCUUUCCAUGCUAUCCACUCCAAAUAUCGAUGAUGAUAUCCUUCCUAAGGUGAAUCUCACAGGACCUACGUUCGAACCAGAUGAUUGGUCAGGCUGAUCUUAUUUCCGGUCUCUAUCAAUUACGGAUCCCUUCUGCUGCUUGUUUUUUGAAUAAAACGCCAAUUGAUAUUUGGCAUUGUCGUUUAGGUCAUCCUAGUGAAGCACGUUUCAGAUUUCUAUGUAAGACCGUAGAGUCUAUUAGUUCCAAAUUUUCUUCGGAUUGUAAUGUUUGCCCCCAGGCAAAACAAACACGUUU